AUGGGAGGUUUAGCUGGUCUUCGUGUUGGAUAUGGAGCAUUUCCUUUGAGCAUCAUCGAGUAUCUUUGGAGAGCAAAGCAACCUUAUAAUGUUUCAGUUGCUGCUGAAGUAUCUGCUUGUGCAGCUUUGCAGAAUCCCACAUAUCUUGAGGAAGUGAAAGAGGCUUUGGUACAAGAAAGGGAGAGGCUUUUUAAUCUUCUCAAGGAAGUGCCAUUCCUCAAUCCAUAUCCAAGCCAUUCUAAUUUCAUUCUUUGUGAGGUUGCAUCUGGAAUGGAUGCUAAGAAACUGAAGGAGGACCUUGCAAAAAUGGGUGUAAUGAUCCGUCAUUACAACAACAAAGAAUUGAAGGGUUAUGUGCGUGUCUCUGUUGGGAAGCCUGAACACACAGAUGCCUUUAUGAAGUGCCUUGGACGCCUGUCUUAAUACUUUUAACUGUGCAGGGGCAUCCUUUUAGGGAGCAGAGUAAAUCUACAUUUGCAAUUGGUACUUCUAUACUAUACUAAAUCUACAUUUUUAAACCACAAUAUUUAGAUUGUGGAAAGUGAAUAAUAUCCUCAUUUUCUCGUGGAAGCUAAAUGACACUUUUUUUUUUUAGACACUAGAGAGUGCUCUUUGUUAGAGAGACAGAGGCUCAAUUAUCUUUUGGUAUGUAAUCCAAUUUAUAUGCUUGUUUUCCUUGUGCAAAA